AUGGCAGAGCUCCAAGACACUCGGAAUGGCCUCCGUGGUCUGUAUCAGGACCUCUGUGCUCUUUCGACCUCUCAGCUUCCAAACGUCGAUCGCUUGUGUUUCGAAUUAGAAACCCAUAUUCAAGACUUCCGCAAACUCCUAGACAAGCCAGCAAAGAAUAAUGCAAGUCGUCAAGCUGUUCUGUCGGGGAAGAUCACGAUUGCCGAUGUUGAAUACUCGGUGAACCAGGAUUUCCAACAAGGUGUACUGCAGCUCGCGGAUGCCCUCGACAUCGAUGAAUUGGAAGCCGCAGUUAUGUUUCUAGCCGCGCAGGGAGAUUCGCAAGCGCUGGACCGGCCUCCACUGAUCGCUGCGAUAAUAAGUUUCCACGAGCGCCGCCUUUUUACUCUCGAGUGUCUACGUCUCAUCUUCCGUGAAUCGCGCGAAAUUGAACAUGAAGCGACCCAUGCAGUCAUGCACGAAACACUUGCUUAUGUUCUGGAAAUUAAGGACAGCCCUUUUUCGAAUGCAUCCCUCUUCGCCCGAAAGGCAUUAACUUCUAUGGCCAACAUAGAGAAAUGGCUAUCAUUGCUCGGUGACCAAGUUCAAAAGGCCUCAGUCGUUGGUCAGGAAAAUGAUCGUGAUAUAAUGGAAGCGAUUGAAUACCAGCGUGUAAGUCUGCAGCAGCAGCAUGAGUCUCUUGGGGCGAUUCUAUUCUACAUGUUCAAAGGGACAUACACAAGUUGCGAAGACUUCCGCGUGCUCGUGGGUCAAUUGAGAAACUUAGAUCGUUUCGACGGACUGUUGUUUCACUACAUUCCAGUCACAAUUGUGUCUUUCGUACAACACGGCUCUCCCGAAGGCUCGGGAUCUGAGAAAGAGGCACGCGAUCUGCACAAAUUAAUCACUGCAUCCAAAGAUCUUCAAAGCUGGAAGCUGUCAAAUUUUCACGCCGCCCUCGUGGCUCUCUGGCUUUCCGUCUACAGUGGAUGGUACUUUGAUGGUCUUUCCUCGCCAUCAGUUGAUGCAGAGAAGGAGUCAGAAGAGCGUACUAAGAUGUUCAUGUCCUCUCUUGACGAUGGCGCCCUUGACUUCAUGCUCGCAAUCUGUUCCAGCGUCAAUACCGAAGAAUGGGCGGACCCCGCGCGCAGUGAGCUAGUGACCUUGUUGCUCAGGGAGAGUGUUGUAUCAUUGCCCGACCCUGAGCCAUGUUCUGGCUUCAUGAAAGAUUUAUUGAUGGAGAACUUGGAAGUUUUCGUGGAAUCAUGCGUUGCGAACAUGCCAGAUGCCGUCCGACGGCUGAAAUCAGAAGAGGAUUCACAACGACUGGACCAGAUUACUGCACUUAGAGAUGGCCUCACUUCCAACCUCCACCGUGGCUUAGUAGAGGUGCGAACUCAUCUUGAAUCCCUGCUUAUGAUCAUCUCAUUCGCAUUCGAACACCGACAAGACGCCGCUCAAGAAUUUUGGGCUGAUCCUGAUGGUAAUCUCUAUGGAUUCCUUCAGUGGGCGUCCAAGCGACAGACUGUCCCUCGGGUCAGUGCUUUCUGCGAAAUGCUGUGUUCGAUCUCCGAAGGCGAAGAAAACGCAGCCGCGGCGCAUCGAUUCCUAUCGGAAGAAGACAAAUUUAUGCCCUCUAAAUUCAGACGAUCCACAACCAUGAAUUGGUCGCAAAUGUUUGCCGAACUGAAACUCUACGCAUCGCGAGUCACCGAGAAACCUUCCACCGCCACAACCCCACAAGGGGUACCAGGGAUGUUUCGACCUCGAAAACCAGAGCCCGUGGAAAUGAACGAACCCGAAAGCCCUGUGAUGCUGACAUGCUACCUCCGGUUGAUGGGUCAUUUGUGCAAGCAAAGUGGGCCUAUCCGAGAAUGGAUGCUGCAAAAUGAAUCUUUCAAUGUAGUUAGCACAUUGCUGGACUUGUGCAGUGGACCGAUUCCAUCCCAUCUUCGGGCAACCACGUUCUCAACCCUCUCAGCACUAAUGACUGACAAAGUUUCCAUCACUGGGCAUGAAACGUGGGUCCGUCUCGAUGGGUGGUUAUCAGGGGGUAACAUGAGUGCAUCGGGCAUUGGCAAAGUUCCUUUGGUUUUGAACCCUGCCGUGUGGCACCAACAGCAAGCUCUGCAAAAGAUAGGAGAGAGCUUUGACCAAACAAAUGCAUUUGUCGUUCUGAUAAAUGCGCUUGCUGCGCCCUCAUCCGAUUCAAUUGGCGAUGUGAUGUCACUUCCUUUCCCGGAUACCCUAGGUGGAACUUAUCGCAUGUCCGGGAUUGAACCCUACAUCGAUUUUAUCUUAGGACAUGCCUUUGCACGGAAGAUUCAAGAUCUCAACGAGUACCAAUCCCGCCUUUUGGGCUUCAACUGCCUGAACUUUGUGGUAGCAAGCUUGAAAUCCUUCAACGAAGAUCUAGUCUUGGUUUUGAGCCAGCCGUCUGUGUCUGAUUCCCCAACACAGACUUCCUCGCUGCUCACCUAUGUCCGCUCUCAUCCAUUUGCCCGCGUAGUAGACUGGCUUUUCAACGAGGAUGUCUUGAAAGCUUUGUUUGCAGCAUCUAAGCAAGACGUUUCCGAGGUUGCAACUGCAUCCUCCGACUCUUUGUUAGUUCUCACCUUGCACCGGAGUCUAGAGGUUAUGAAUUUGCUUGUGGAUCUUCAGUCAACAUACUUCAACAUUGUGAAGCCUUUGGUACACUCCCAACCCGCACCCUCCCGGACGGUUGCCGCAAACUCUUCGCUUGCUUCAUUCGAAGAUACCGUGCUGAACAAUCUAACCCUCAUUCCGUCACUUUGUCUUUAUUGCGGUACGGCACACGAACAACUUACCGUCAUCUCCAUGGCUUUGCUAGAAAAGCUCACUAGUUCGAGAAAGCUCAACAAAAUGACUUCCCCAGAACUCAUCAAGUGGCAAUCCUCGAACAAGAUUGUGGAGGUGCUUGCAUCUGAGGUCGACGUGGACAGCAUAUCCAGACCUCUUGUAUUACAAAUGGAGCCCGACGUGAGAGAACUUGAUUUCGGCCCCAAUGCCGCCGGUUACGUCAUCCGAGAGAGCCUCCUAGCUCUUUUGAACAGCUGCCUAGGAACUAUCACAGAUCGUCCGACGGUAGCUCAUUUAUUGCUUGGCUUCGACUGCGUGGGCAAUAUUCUUGAUGUUUCGCCAGAUGGGCUAUUCGCGAAUCAAAGUUCCUUGCUGCAUGCCAUCGUUAAUUUCUUGAAGUCUUAUCCAGAAGUUCUCGACGGUGGCAUUGUAUCUUGGGUUGUUCACCUCAAACGCAUGGCUUUGGAAGUUUUGAAGCAUUUGUGGUCAUCAAAACUGGCGAACUAUUACACGCUUGGUGAGAUACGCGCGCAAGACUUCCUACGUGACAUGUUUUCUUGCCAACCCAUAAUCGGGCCAAACACUGCCUGGAAUGGAUUCCCCGUCGAUUCCGAGGAAUUUUGGCUCACAGACGCUACAAAUGCUUUCGCAGAAUUUAUGCUUUACCGCAGUCAUCUAUUCACAUACGCGGCGACCGAGGUUCGCUCGACGGCUAAGGCUAGAUCACCUGCUCUGCGUGCUCAGAUUCUUGCAGUAUUGCUUGGAAACACGCUUGCAGACAACGGUGAACCGAUUCCUAGCCCGUCCGUGUUUGAUCUUUUCGAUUUUGCCGAUCUUGACGUUGGACGCGAGUUCAACGUACCCCAGCUAUCUCUGCUUGGAGAUAUUGUUGUCCAGUUGGAAAACAAGCAAGCAGAGGGCGUGUGGAACAUGGAAGGGGUAGAGGAAAUGAUACAAAUGCGGAGAGCAGAGCUUGUGGCGAAUGCAUCGCUCCGCCCGCAGGACGAGGAGCAGUUGGCGGCUGAGGCGCACGACCUGAAAUUGUUCAUCGCUGCAACAAAUCAAAACAAGCUGAUUCAAAUCAAUCGCUACCACGCUCUUCGGUCCUGGGUGGAGCUUAUUGCUACGAUGAUCACUUGUUCUGCCAUUGACGAAGGGAGCAGGCCGGCUUUCAUCCUGCACUCAAUCCAACUAAUUCUUCCCAAACUUACGACAGCAAUCGAGGCGGAUCUUCCCGAGGCUCUUGAACUAGCACGGUUGGCUGAAUUGUUGAUCGAGAGACUUGGAUCUGAAACGCCAGGUACAGAUGUGUCUCGAAGCGGAGAUGUUAUCGACGAAAAGCUCCAUCAGCUCUUCCAACUUUCCAUCCGAGGCACCAAUAUGGCUACAGGAAAUGUACUAUUGAGAGAAACUCUUUACAAUAUUUGCUCUCACUACAUCACGCGCAUCACGUCUUCGAACACGAGUCACGAAAAUCUUCGACGUCUUAGCCAACAGGUCAUCAAAUCAGCCGGUUCUGGGAUUAUCGAGACCAUGUGCGAUGACGCCUACACCGGCCAAGAAUCGUGUCGUGCAUCCGCUCUGGUGCUUUUGAACCAUCUGGCUGUUCUAGAUCGCCAAACUGAUUGCAUUCUGGCUGAGCUCAUCUCACGAUCGAAUUAUUUGAGUCUCUUCCUCGAUGCACUCCGAUCUCUUCCCCUCGAACUUCAAAAUGCCGAGGGAAACGACACCCCAGCACUACUUGCAUACUACGAGUCGCUCUUGUCGUUACUCCAACGGUUAUCUCAAACGAAGGGCGGGGCAAAUUGUGUGCUUAACUCUGGUCUGUUCCAAGCUGUUCAGGAAUCGCGGCUUUUCGCUGCUGAUCCAGAUAUCGGCAUUGACAUUGAAAAUCCCGAUGCUCUCCAGAGGUACUACGACCUCCUCCUGUCAGUUCUUCGGGUCAUUGUAUAUGCCGUUUUCUCCCGUGGAAUUCACAACGAACAACUCAAGGAACAGACCCGGAGGUUCUUGGCUGGAAAUCGGCCAUGCAUGGUGGGCAUCUUCAAACGAUCUGCCAAGAUUGGAAAUACAUCCAAUGCCCACCAGGAGACUUUGCUGGACUUGGUCAAGGCAUUCAUGGCUCUCGUUUCUGCGACGAAUUUUAUGGAGUUUGAGGACCAGGAAGUCCAAGAUAUCACUCGACCAGCGUUGUUUUCGUGA